AUGGAAUCCACACCAGUUGCCCCCCUUCCAACACGUCCCAAGCUGCGGGACAGCUGCAACGCCUGUUCGGCCUCCAAGGUAAAAUGCAAUCGGGACAAGCCGACCUGCGCCCGAUGUGCAAAACGGGGUUUGGCCUGCGAGUAUCUAGUUACUCGACGCGCCGGACGCAAGCACGAUAAGACUCGGGCCCGUAGCAGUACCGCAUCCAGCAACUCGCCCCAACAUCCACCCCUGUGCACACCCGAAUGGUCUGUGUCAGAGACUCCCAUCCCAACAUUGGAUUAUUUCUCUCAACUACACUCCUAUUCCGACUCAGACCAGUUGACCAGCUUGACCGGCCUGACCGUCGAUUUUGACACAUUCCUCGGCUCACCCAGCUCUUUCCCUCUCCUCGACCCAUCCGACACUCUACUGCCCUCCAAUCAAUCCGCCCAAGGACACACCAAUGGGAGCUAUCUAGAGGCUUCUUUCCUUUUUGAGGAGGAAUAUUCUUCUCUCCCAAUUGACUCUUUACCAACCACCCACCCCAACUCAAGGGAUUCAACCAAUGGCAAAACAACCCCCGAUAACUCAUCUUGUAGCUGUCUCGUCAAAGCCCUGGACUUGUUUCGCCAAUUACUUCCCCCGGAUUCUGCAACCUGCACACAAACGCACAGCCCGUCCCGGGACCAGGGUCUUACGACGGAAUCCAUCGUGGCCACCAAUGCCAGGACCGUCGAUGCCAUCACGCACAUGUUGCACUGUCUAUGUGCCCACGACGGCUUCUUACUAGUAAUGGUCUUCAUGGCCGCCUUUAAAGUCAUGAACUGGUAUGCAGCCGCUGCUAGAGGACUGAGCUCGGACCCGCAACGGGACGUGGCUUUCGCGGGAUCACUCACUGAGGAUCCUUGUCGUUUGACAGCGCAAUCGGUGCUCAGUGAGCUGCACCGCGUGCAGAAACUUGUCAAUGCGCUCUCUGCCAAGUUAAAACGGUACCAACCCGAGGAGAGUACGGGGGACGGUCCGUUCUCGUCAACGGUUCUGCAUCAGCUCGAGCUAGACCUGAGACAGCGGCUUCGGGCGUUAUCUUUGGAGAUAGUUGAUAUUCUGCGGAGGUGA